AUGAUGGACCCCGAGAGACAAGUUUAUGGGACAGCACUUAGGCCUCAGACUUGGGAGGUGUCUGAUCGGGAUCAGCAGGUGUGGGUCCUGCAGGGAGAGACUCUGGUGAUGGUUCCACGGAGCAGCAAUGUGACUCCGGGUGAGUGGUCCACUGUGCUGACCUGCCCCUCACCCCAUGGCCUUUUGUCAAAGUGUGAGGACAGACAGCCCGAGCAGAAUAUCUUGGAUCUGUACAACCAGGUGGAGCCCGUGAGACCCUUCCUUUUUUACCACUCCCGGGAUGGGAAUACCUCCAGCUUCGAGUCCGUGGCCUUCCCAGGCUGGCUCAUCGCCUCCUCCCAGGUUGGCCAGCCCAUCUUCCUCACUUCCGACCUGGGGACMACCAACAACACUAACUUCUAUUUGAAUUUAAAGGCUUGA